AUGUCGAAAUUUGCACUCAGCUCAGAAUCAGGCCUUCAAAACCGUAUGUUCCAGGAGGGUGCGCAGCCGGACUUUUUGAGAAUACUCGCGGAUGGCCGGAUAUUGUUCGACUCUCAUCCAUACGAGCUUUUCGCAUUUCUUGACUCAAGUCCUCCUCAGAUCCUCGAAAAUACGACGACGUUGAUCUUAGGGGGAAGAUUACUUCUGGAGGAGUUUGCAAACAAAAAUUGGCAAAAUUAUUAUUUUACUAAUAUAACCUUCCCAGAAGUUCACCAUUGGGAGAGCGAAAGUGAACCCGCUGGAGAUAUUUAUCAACAAUAUAUGUCAGUUGGGCCGUUCCGGGACCGACACUACGACUAUUAUGAGUACAAAUUGCCUCCGAUUCCGCAAGACCUAGAUCGACUCUCGAGCCUGAAAACUGUUGUCUUGUAUGCUCCUAGACACGUGGAUGGACGCCCAUACCAGUUCUACUCAGUUGUCGUGAUGAACUUCUGUAGAAUGCUUGCGGCAGGCAAGAUUGAGAAGCUACAAAUUCUGGAAGAGUUGGAUGGCCCUCCAUUUUGUCGUCACAUGCGGAGAGGGUCUUUGGAAAUUCGACUACAGGAGCAUGAAACUCUUCGUCCAUUCUUCGUUGGUGGUGUGAAAACCAGCAAAAGUGCCACCUCAAGAGAAACCGAGACUAUUGUUCUCGAGGAAUCCCGUACACACGACACUACUGGAUAUACUAAGUAUACCACGGAUUGGGGGUUGCGAGCCGUAUUUGGCACUGUGAUCACUGUUCAACGAGCCGCAGGUGAUCAACUCACAAGCUCAGCGUCACGUUGGAGUCGUAUUGAAGAUACUAAACGAGAGGCACUGGGAAUGUCAGCGGCAGAGCGGAAAGAGCAAUAUAGAAUAUUGGAGGACAAGUUAUAUGCAUUCUCAAUGGUUAUAUCAGAUUGUGAUACUCUCUGA